AACCCUUUGGGCAAAGUGCUAAAUUCCAUCAUCGAACUGCGACGUUGCCCAGCGCAACGUUUACCGAUCUGAGGCGACUGACAUUUAAACGUUAAGCUAGACUUUCAUAUUUUCAAACAACGGGGCAAUCAAACUCAAGUCUUUACAUUUAAUUUAAAGGUAGUCAAUGCCAAAGAUAAGUAGUGACACGCUGUGGGAGUUGGCCUCUGCGGAGGUUCAGAGUCGGGAGGACGGGAAAGGAGGGGAGGAGGAUGGCGGAGUUGAUCCAGUGUCACUCAACGAGAGAACCGUGUUCUUCAUUGGGAAUAAAGAAGGGGGUAAAACUACAAUUUUGCUCCGGUGCCUCGACAGGGAUGAACCUCCUAAACCAACUCUAGCGUUGGAGUACACCUUUGGUAGACGGGCGCGAGGACACAACACACCCAAAGACAUAGCUCACCUGUGGGAGCUGGGUGGAGGUACCUCCCUAUCAGACCUGGUUCAGAUCCCCAUCACUGCUCAGAAUGUCAGGUCUCUGUCUGUGGUGCUGGUUCUGGACCUGUCCAAGCCCAAUGCUCUAUGGGGAACCAUGGAGAGGCUGCUUCAGACAACACGGACCCAGGUGGAGAAAGCUUGCUCCAAGCAACAAAGGACAGUAGAGUCCAAAGCUGGGUCCAAGCAGCAGGCCCAGAACAGACCCCCAAUGGUUCUCCCUAAAGACCACCCGGACAGAGAGCUGAUCAACCCCUUCCCUGUUCCACUGCUGAUUAUUGGCAGCAAGUUUGAUAUAUUUCAGGACUUUGACUCUGAGAAGAGGAAAGUGAUCUGCAAGACCCUUCGGUUUAUUUCUCAUUACUACGCAGCUUCUUUAAUUUUUACCAGCAGCAAGUCUGAGAGCUUGAUGUCCAAAACUAAGAGCUUAUUCACACAACUAGGAUUCGGGACAGAGAAAGGGAAAUCUAUGUCCUCUGACCUCAGUAAACCUCUACUCAUUCCAGCUGGGAUGGACUCCUUCAGCCAGAUAGGUUCUCCCCCAACCACAGAUGUGGACAUUGGGACUCUUCAUGCUAAAAACCCUCUAGAUCUGUGGAAGAAAGUGUUUGAGGUCGUUUUCCCUCCUGAGAACACCAGUGACCACCACAGAGAGCUGAAGGACCCAGCCAAGGACCCCCAGUAUAGUGAGCCCCAGAUUGACUCCAUGAGGGCCCAGAAAGACACAGAACUGGAUCAGUACAAGAGAAACAUGUCCAAGUCUUGGAAAGGCCUGGAACUGGAGACCUAACUUAAUGGACUCAUCACCUCUCUCAGCCAAUGAGAUCAAAAGAACAGAAUGUUCUAAAGCACAGACGGAUUUCAGCCAUGGCAAACACCUGUCCAGUCACUUAAUAAACCGUACAGACUUCAGCCA